AUGGACGCCCUGACGGACUAUCAAAUUAUGGUGGCAGUUCUGCGAAAGUGCAAGGUUCUUUGGCAGGCAAUAACCACCGCCGUAGAACAUUCCAAAUGUCGUUGGGAUAAGUGGCUCAAAAGUGUGAUUAAUUAUUCCGAAAGACUGUUCGUUUGCAGCCCUAUAUUGCCAGCAUGGGCAUUGUAG